UUCAUCACGAGCUUUGAUGGCGACGACAUCCACUGUUCGCGACGCGGCAAAAGUCACACAAGGCUCUGCAAGACGAACAUACCCUACAGCCUGGGGUGCGAAGGUUAGGGUGCCAAGCGUAUCUCGUCCGCGAUGCACCUGCUGCCCAGAGAGCGGGACAAGGUCCUUUUGCAUCAAGUUGGCGCGCUGGCUCAAAAACGCCUGGCGAGGGGGGUGAAGCUGAAUCAGACCGAAGCCACAGCACUGAUCGCGACUGUAUUGCAAGAGAGGAUACGAGAUGGCACACACAGCGUCGCAGAGCUGAUGCAGCAUGGCAAGACACUCUUGGGUCGCGACCACGUGCUGCCCGGAGUACCCGAAUUGCUGCACGAGGUCAUGGUGGAGGGAUGCUUCCGCGACGGCACAUUCCUCGUCACGGUCCACGACCCCAUCUGUACGCCGACCGGCUCGCUCGCCGACGCCCUCUUUGGCAGCUUCUUGCCGGUUCCCAAGCAAGCGUUAUUCCAAGAAUAUGCUCCACCCCAUCACGUGCCUGGUGCUUUGGUCGUCCUCGCAGGCGCAGCUCCCAUCGUGCUCUGUCCAGGCAGAGACCGCAUCUCUGUCCGAGUGACAAACACUGGAGACAGGCCAAUCCAAGUCGGCUCGCAUUAUCUCUUCUCGGAGACCAACCGGGCCCUGAGAUUCCCGCGUCUCAGAGCGGUUGGGUAUCGCUUAGACAUCGCUGCCGGCACAGCCGUGCGCUUUGAACCGGGAGAUGUGCGCACGGUAGGCCUCGUCAGCGUCGCAGGCAGUCGUAAGCUCAGUGGGGGAUGUGGCAUCCUAAACGGUGAUCUCUCUGCUGUUGCCGACGAUAUUCGGCGUGAUCCCGAGGGCUUGCGCGCUCGCAUCACAAGCUUGGGCUUUCUCGACGCGCCUGCUGAAGAGUACGCAGCUCUCGAAAGUCAGCCUCCGCCCCGCCCGAUGCAGCUCUCGCGUGCCGCUUACGCAGCUUUGUAUGGACCAACAAAGGGCGAUCGAGUCAAGCUUGGGGAUAGUCCAUUGUGGAUCGAGGUCGAACGAGACAUGUGCAGCUAUGGCGACGAGUGCAAAUUUGGAGGUGGCAAGGUGCUGCGCGACGGGAUGGGCCAGGCCUCGGCUCGGAAAGACGGCGAAACGUUGGAUCUAGUCAUCAUCAAUGCGCUCAUCGUCGACUGGUGGGGCGUCGUCAAGGCAGAUGUCGGAAUCAGGGAAGGUGUCAUCGUUGGCAUCGGCAAAGCGGGCAACCCAGAUAUCAUGGACAACGUGACGGAAGGAAUGACUGUAGGGAGCACUACAGAGGUGAUGGCUGCUGAGAAUCUCAUUCUUACAGCUGGUGCCAUCGAUGCGCACGUUCACUACAUUUGUCCGCAGCUCAUCGAAGAAGCGCUGGCGUCCGGUAUCACCACUCUGAUUGGUGGUGGCACUGGCCCGACCUCGGGAAGUUCCGCCACCACUUGUACUCCGGGCAGAGAUCAGCUUCGCGCGAUGCUCCGAGCCACUGACCAAAUGUGCAUGAACUUUGCGUUCACUGGCAAAGGCAACGACAGUCAUCCAGACGGUCUGAGAGAUCAAAUACGCGCCGGAUGCGCAGGUCUCAAGCUGCACGAGGAUUGGGGCACAACUCCGUCCACAAUCGACUCUUGCUUGACCGUUUGUGAUGAGCUGGAUGUGCAAUGCAACAUACACACCGACACGCUCAAUGAGUCGUCCUACGUCGAAGACACUAUCGCGGCCUUUAAAAAGCGGGUCAUACACACCUACCACUCAGAAGGUGCUGGUGGAGGGCACGCUCCCGACAUCAUUCGAGUGUGCGGAGAAUCUAACGUGCUUCCUUCCAGCACGAAUCCAACCAGACCUUACGCCUCUAAUACGCUUGAUGAGCAUCUCGACAUGCUCAUGGUAUGCCAUCACCUGAGUCGAAACAUCGCCGAAGAUGUUGCAUUUGCGGACAGUCGAAUUCGUGCCGAGACCGUGGCAGCGGAAGACUGCCUGCAGGACUCUGGAGCGAUCUCGAUCAUCUCUUCGGACUCUCAGGCGAUGGGAAGAAUAGGCGAAGUGGUGUCACGCACUUGGCGCACGGCUGCGAAGAUGCGAGAAAUGACUGGUCCGCUCAAGGACAUGACGCAAGGGCAGGAUCCGCCAGAUGACGACGGCCGCGACAAUCAACGUGUUAAGCGCUACGUGUCCAAGUAUACCAUCAACCCUGCCAUCGUGCACGGCAUGUCGCAUCUCGUAGGCUCUGUCGAGGUCGGCAAAGUUGCCGAUUUGGUAUUAUAUCGGCCCGAGAACUUCGGCACAAAGCCCGAGAUCGUACUCAAGGGCGGGCAGAUUGCGUGGGCGCAGAUGGGAGAUGCCAACGCCAGCAUUCCAACGGUCCAGCCGAUCUUCGGAAGACCCAUGUUUGGUUGGCAUGCAGGGCAACACAAUUCGAUUGUAUUUGUCAGCAAAGCAUCCAUCGACGAAGGCAACAUAGCAUCCUACGAUCUCAAGAAACGCGCCGAGGCGGUUCGAAAUUGUCGCAACAUCAGCAAAAGGGACAUGAAGUGGAAUGAUGCGCUGCCCAGGCUUACGGUGGACCCAGAGACUUACGAUGUGACAGCGGACGGAGAACUCUGCACAAUCGCGGCAUCGACCUCGUUGCCCAUGACACAAGCCCAGCAUCUCUUCUGA